AUGGCUGACGAACAGAACGGAUCUGCUGCAUGGCCUGUCGCGGACUCUGCCUUGACCCAAGAGAUCCUUGACAUUAUCCAACAAGCAAGUCAUGCUCGCCAGUUGAAGAAGGGCGCAAACGAGGCAACGAAGACUUUGAACCGCGGUAUCUCCGAAAUCAUUGUCCUUGCCGCUGACACUGCGCCUCUCGCCAUUCUUCUCCACUUGCCACUGCUGUGUGAGGACAAGAACGUCCCAUACGUAUAUGUGCCAUCAAAGACUGCGCUUGGGAGAGCAUGCGGCGUGUCGAGGGCCGUUAUAUCCGCCUCAAUCACAACUAACGAGGCCAGUGACCUUAUGGGUCAAAUCAGAGCUCUCAAGGACAAGGUUGAGAGACUCAUGAUCUAG